AGGGAAUCCAAUCAGAACACAGAACAUAACUGGGAAAUUCAAAUGAAUGAAACAUCAUUGUUAUUCUUCAGUGUUGACCCAAGAUUCGUUGUGACUGAAGGUACUAAAUGAUAUCCUGGAAUCUAAGCUGACUUUUAACUACCGAAAACGGGUGAAAUAUCAUAAACUAUAAGAAUACAAUGGCGCACCUCAGUUUCGAAAACGACAUAAACAGUUUAUUAAAACUUGACGGACCAACAAGGGGACCAGCCAUGAGGUGGCAGAGAAAAGCUGCAGAAGCUAGUAGCUGCAACACUUCCAUGAACACAUCAACGUGCUGUACACCGAUGAAAACAUCAAACAGGUCGUUUAACAACAGUAUGACAGUAAAAACACCAACAUCAAAAACGCCCAAGACACCGUGUGGUAGUAAAAAGACAAAAACACCAGGAAAGACACCAGGAAAAACGAAGACCCCUUCUAAGACUCUCUCAGGGGAUCGCUUCAUUCCUUCACGCAGCACAACAAGUUUUGAUUUGGGACAUUACAAACUCCUCAAUGAGUCCAAAAAGGAUAUAGAAAAUGAUACUCUUAGCCCUUCGAAGAAAGACUACCAAAAGACAAUGGCGGAGAACCUCAAUGGAAAUGCAUUACAGUCUAAAAUACUUUCUUAUAAAUCAAAGCCACCACAAGCUCCAGAAGGUUAUCAAAAUAAUUUACGAGUCUUAUACAGCCAAAGUAAAACUCCUGGUUCAUGUCGAAAGACUGUGCGACACAUACCUCAAGUACCAGAAAGAAUUUUAGAUGCCCCAGAUAUAUUGGAUGAUUACUAUUUAAAUUUACUAGAUUGGAGCUGUAAUAACCAUUUAGCUGUAGCCCUUGCUGGUAAUGUCUACCUUUGGAAUGCCAGUAAUGGUGAAAUCCAGCAGUUAUUACAGGUAGAGAAUCCUGAAGACUAUGUCUCCUCGGUGUCGUGGAUUAAAGAAGGAAAUUAUCUGGCUGUGGGAACCAGUAGCGGGGAGGUCCAGUUAUGGGAUGUUGCACAGAGUAAACGGUUGCGUAACAUGACUGGUCAUGUCGCUAGAGUCGGUGCUCUUUCCUGGAAUUCCUUUAUUCUUAGCAGUGGUUCACGAAGUGGUAACAUACAUCACCACGAUGUCCGAGUCGCCAACCAUCACAUAGCUACGUUAUCCGGCCACACGCAAGAAGUCUGUGGCCUUGAAUGGUCUCCUGAUGGGCGGCAUCUGGCCAGCGGUGGUAACGACAAUUUACUGAAUGUUUGGCAAGCGUCAAUUGACAAUUCUGGCAAUACUCCGUUACAUACAUUUACACAGCACCAGGCAGCAGUGAAGGCUGUAUCAUGGUGUCCAUGGCAACCCAGUAUUCUUGCCAGCGGAGGUGGUACUGCAGAUAGACACAUCAGGUUUUGGAAUGUCAAUAGUGGUGUCUGCCUCAAUAGUGUGGAUACCAAAUCUCAGGUUUGUGCAAUACUAUGGUCCAAGGAAUACAAAGAAAUGAUAUCGGCGCACGGGUUUGCUAAUAACCAGUUGAUCAUCUGGAAAUAUCCUACCAUGACAAAAGUUACUGAAUUAACAGGUCAUUCAUCUCGAGUUCUACACAUGGCUCUCAGUCCCGAUGGCACAACGGUCGUAUCUGGUGCUGCCGAUGAGACAUUGCGGUUGUGGAAAUGUUUUGAAGUUGAUGCCCACAAAAAGAAAGAAAAGACCUUGGCGAGCGGCAAGAAAUCAACAACAAAUUCAUUUAUGCGUUCAUCAAUCCGAUAAGCCCACUGCUCUGCCUACAUUAUUUUAAUAUAUCAAUAUAUCUAUGCUUUUAAAUUUUUUAAACAAAUAAAAUCAUCGUCAUUGACCCGCUGAGCAUUUUCAUUGGCUCAUUUAAACCAUGAAAUGAAAUCUAAACACUGCAAUAAUUUUUACGUAGUAUUGUAUACUUUUACGAUAAUUGUAUGUCUUCGCACGAUUUGUCAUUGAAUCAAGACGAAAGACUUAAUUUUAUCUGAAUUUCUUAACUCCGUAUAAUAAUGCGUUAAAAAGUUUUUUUGGGUUGAUUUCCCCAACCCAUUGGAUUUUAUUAGUUUGUUUUAAUGUAAAAUAUUUAUUUCAUAACAUUAUUAUUUCCGCUUUUGGGCAUCACAGAAAUAAACCACACAAAAAGCCGACAGCUGUGGCAGAGAACUCGAAGAAUGAUUCUAAUUAUGCUGUAAAAAUAUUCUCAUCUCAAUUUACAAUAGGCUUCAUUGUGGUUUGCGUUAUGUUACCAUUAUUUGAACAUGUACUUUUGAAUUGGAUUUCUGGGAAUGUUUCCAAUCAAGACUCUUGUCUUGUGGUCACUGAUAUUGAAAAUAGAAUGGCAUGAAAGAACUGAGAGUUCUGUUGUAACAACUUGUAUUCUACUGCAAUUGGGGACUUGUUAUCAUGCCUCCAGUGUAAUUUGUAUACCAAAUAAUUGACUGUAAUUUGUCAAAAUAGCAAUAAAUAACUUCAUUAUUGUUUACAUUU